AUGCUACAUGACACCCUCGUUGCCUCUGCCACUCGCCUCCACCGCGCCAGGAAGGAGCUGCUGCCGACCCCCUCUGGCAUUCGCCAGUCUGAGUUCGGAUCUUCGGCGCGCCGCCACCGUCAGGAUCGCUCGCUGUCUCCUUUCCGUGCCCUUGACACUUCCUCGCGCCGCAGUCGCAACGAGCCACCUUUAGCUCGUUCGACUCGCAGCGUAUCGGGGUCGACAGCUAUAACUCCGACUGUUGCUUAUGCCGCCUUGCGUGCUCAGAUCCGAAGGGAGUUCGAAGAACAUAUGAAGCGUAAUAACCGCCCCGUUACCGUCAUGGCAAGCGCCGGACUUGUUACCCUAAGUUUCACCGAGGUGAAAGGAAACGAUGCCUGGUUGUGCGAACAACCAGUACUAGAAUUACCUGAACGCAAGAUCUCACAACAGCUACAUCUGCACGAUGGUCGCUAG